AUGUGCUCGCCAAGACCUUCUAGGGCGACUGCCGAUCGUCCCGUCCUAGUGGCUUCUGCUGGUUGGACGGGCACCGACCAGAACUUUCCCUCCUCCAUUCUCCUCUCUCCAUUCUCUGUACAACACACCGCUAUCGCACAAUCUCUCUUGACAGUAUCCGCACUCUUAUUUCAAGCCACCUCCGAGCUAAAGGACGACUGCGUGUUGGCGAAGCCAACAAGCCCUCAAGAUGCCCCCGAAACCCGCGAAGACCAAUUUCCCGCCGCUCAGCUCGGUCUCCUAGGUAUGGCUUUCUACGCCACUGACACUACACUGGUUCGAGUCGCAGAACCGAUUGCCCUCACCUCGAUACUUCCAUACGCAUGGAAACUCGUUGUCAACUUCCAAGUCGGCUCCGAAGCGAAUGCACCCUUUUUCGCCGGUCUGCUCAUCUCCGCCUUUUCGCUCGCCGAGGCAUGCUCGGGCAUGUACUGGGGCUCCGUCUCCGAUCGCAUAGGUAGAAAACCCGUUGUUAUACUCGGAUGUCUAGGGACAAUGUCCUCUUUGCUACUUGUUGGCUUAGCUCCUAACUUUUGGGUCGCACUUCUUGGACGAAUCAUCGGCGGCGCGCUUAAUGGCAACAUUGGCGUUAUCCAGACUAUGGUGGGAGAAUUGGUCAAGCGACCCGAACAUGAGCCAAAGGCGUAUGCCGUCAUGCCAUUCGUGUGGAGUAUUGGUACAAUCAUAGGCCCAUCGAUUGGUGGAUACUUUGCUGAGCCUGCUCGAAAUUUCCCCUCUGUCUUCAGCCCCACUGGCGUUUUCGCCAAGUUUCCUUACCUACUUCCAAACAUCAUCUGUGCCUCCUUGCUUCUGCUCUCCAUCCUGAUGGCAUAUUUUCUUCUAGAAGAGACUCAUCCAGACAAGCAGCCGCGCGGCUACUUCGAACAAUACGAUGCAGCCGUUGCAGAGACACCUCUUCUCCCAGCCCAAGGUGCGACAGCUGAUGCUGCCGCAAACUUGACAGCAGAUUCUUACGGCACUUUCAACGCUGUGGAAGUUGAGCACGACGAGAUCUGGCGUGUGCGCUCUAAUGGAGACUGGGUAGAAUCACCGACAAGUGAGAAGGUCUUCACACGUCCGGUCAUCAUGUUCGUCGUAGCGCUAGGAAUCUUCACAUACCAUUCUAUGACAUACGACCACCUGCUUCCAAUCUUCCUCCAAGACAAACGCGCUGACGAUGACAUGAAUGCACUGGACAUUUCGCCUUCUUCUUUGGGCGGCGGUCUUGGUAUUCCUAUUCAGAAUGUGGGCAUCAUUCUCUCGCUUAACGGCAUCAUCCAGCUCGCGAUUCAAGGUUUCGUCUUCCCUCUACUGGCAGAUUGCUUCGGUGUAUGGCGCCUGCUCAUGAUGGUUACGCUGGCACAUCCGAUUGCAUACUUCAUUGUUCCCUUCCUACAGCUCCUACCCGAAAACUUGCUUUACCCCGGUCUGUUCGCUUGCUUGACCGUACGAAAUCUGACAUCGAUCCUCGCCUUCCCGCUUCUUCUGAUCAUGAUCAAAGAAGCUACACCCGACAGAUCGCACCUUGGAAGAAUCAACGGACUGGCUGCGUCUACAGGUGCUGCCUGCCGUACAGUGGCGAGCCCUAUCGCUGGCUUGCUUUACGGUCUAUCUAUUGAGCUUCAUUUCACACCCUUGGCUUGGUGGGGUUCUGCCUUGGUUGCAAUCUGCGGAGCUUUACAGGUACCAUUCCUGAAUCGCGCCGCGCACGAGUGUCACGCUCGUGUUCGUAACGUAGCUAGCGACUAUCUAUCCAAGGAACGUCGUCGGAGCGAAGUAGUACACAUCGUGGUCGAGGAUGAGUAG